CGCCCACUCCGAGACCCCGCCCCCUGUCACUGUGAUUCUACCGAGUCGUUCUGUGUCGUUCAAUUAUUAACUGACACAUCGUUCAUAAACUUCCUCUCAUGUCACGUUUGGUUAUAUAACUUAUUAAGUGUGAUUAACGGACAGGUUUAGAAGACUAAAGCAGCAUGUUAGUCUCCAGUCCGCCGAAGGAAAGCUGUGAGGAUUAAGAGAAACUGAAGAAACCGAAAGAAAGAUGACGUUAAACGAUGAUAUUAAACACACGAAACUCGUGAAGUUUUUUUCCGCCGCGUUUUACGCCUUUUCUUCGUUUUUCAUCAUCGUGGUGAAUAAAAGUAUUUUAACUCAGUACAAGUUUCCCUCAUUUAUGUUUCUUGGAAUUGGACAGAUGACAGCAACAAUCAUCAUUCUGUAUGUUGCCAAAAUGAACAAAACGAUCCAUUUCCAGGACUUUGACAAAAGUAUUCCUGGCAAGAUUUUUCCUUUGCCAUUGCUGUAUGUGGGCAAUCACGUGACCGGACUGGGCGGAACAAAGAAACUGAGUUUACCCAUGUUCACCGUUCUCAGAAAAUUCACCAUUUUACUGACAAUGAUUAUGGAAUCAAGGAUACUGAGAAAAACCUUCCCUCCGUCGCUGGUGUUCAGUGUUCUGGCUAUAGUUCUGGGCGCUCUGGUUGCAGCGAGCUCGGACCUGUCCUUCAAUGCAGAAGGUUACACCUUUGUUCUGCUGAACGACGUCUUCACGGCCGCCAGCGGCGUUUACACCAAGAAAAAACUCGGAAUGGAGGGUCUUGGUAAAUAUGGGGUUUUGUUUUAUAAUGCAUUUAUCAUUAUUAUCCCAACCCUCCUGGCGAGUGCUUACACUGGAGAUCUACAGAAGGCCCUUUCCUUUGAAGGAUGGCUGUCUUUUACGUUCAUAUUUUAUUUUUUACUGUCUUGUGUCAUGGGGUUUAUUUUGAUGUAUUCUAUCAUCCUCUGCAGCUAUUACAACACGGCACUAACGACGACGGUCGUUGGAGCAAUUAAAAAUGUGGCUGUGAUGUACAUCGGCAUGUUUGUUGGUGGAGACUACAUCUUCUCAUGGCCGAACUUUAUAGGCCUGAAUAUAUGUAUCUCAGCUGGCCUGAUUUAUUCCUACAUCACGUUCAGCGGCAGCUCUUCAGAAGCAAACGUGAAGCCGGCCGAGGACAAACUAACAGUUCACAUCACAGAGGAUGAACCGGAGAAAACAUGACUGUGCAUCUCAAUGCUUAGUUUGUUUUAUUGAAUUAGAUUUUGGGAAGAAAAGCAUUUGCUGCUUGAAAACCCUGGUAUAUUUUUAUUUAAAUAAAAACAAACGUGACAACCAA